AUGUCUAGAUCUGGUGUUACUGUUGCUGAUGAAUCUUUAACUGCCUUUAACGACUUAAAAUUAGGUAAGAAAUAUAAGUUUAUCUUAUUUGGCUUAAAUGAUGACAAGACCCAAAUUGUUGUUAAAGAAACUUCCACUGAUUCUUCUUAUGACGCUUUCUUAGAAAAGUUGCCAGAAAACGAAUGUUUAUACGCUGUCUAUGAUUUUGAAUAUGAAAUUCCAAAUGAAGGUAAAAGAUCUAAGAUUGUUUUCUUCACCUGGUCUCCAGAUACUGCUCCAAUCAGAUCUAAGAUGGUUUAUGCUUCUUCUAAGGAUGCUUUGAGAAAGUCUUUGAAUGGUGUUGCUUCUGAUAUUCAAGGUACUGACUUCUCCGAAGUUUCUUAUGAUGAUGUUUUAGAUAAAGUUAGCAGAGGUUUUCACUGA